AUGGCAGCUCCUGUAAUAGAUAAAGCCACUUAUGAAAAAUAUAACACUAACGGGAAGCUGCGUUUAUCGACAGGAUUUAUUCAGGUUUUCAAAAAAUUUCGUUCUUUUAAUUUUUUGAAUUCACAGCAAAUGUACGAAGACGGGAGCUAUGACGGUGGUAAAAAUGCAGCAAUUGUGCAAAUAGUUGUAAGUUUUUUUUGAGACAAUUUCGUGGAAAUUCAAAUUAAUAGUUGUGAAAUUAUUUCCGAAGUAAUGGGUCUGCUUCCAAUAAACCCUUUUUUGCGACAAAAAAAGGCUUUUUUUUCACAAAACUUGACUUUGCCCUUGAAAUAAAAAAAUUUUUGAUAAUUUUUUCUAGCAAUAUCGAGUCUUGGCCAACGAGAACAAGCAUUUCUCCUCGUCUGCGAUUUUUUAUUCCAGAGCCAAAGUGUCGGACGGCGUUUUCGGGUGCACCGGUAGGAAGAAAUUUCGAUUUUUUGAAGGAAAACCAUUUUCAGCCUUCGUAUUCGAUGACCCCCUUGAACACCAAUGUGCCAAAGAUGAUUUGCGAGGAAAGUCGGAAGUUGGCGGCGAAAUCAUUGCCAUCAAAAAGGCUUAUAUUCACGGCGACGCUUCACUUCCGAGGUUUAUAUUUAUGAAAAUGUGUUGGUAUAGGGGUCGCCAAAUAAAACAGAGUUUGAUGAAACUUUGCUGAGAUAUUCUCUUGAGCCCCUGAAAACAAGGUUUAAAAAAAAAAUCAAGGGAGGGUUCUUGAAAUGUAUUUUUACCAGUGGUUAUACCUGGAACAGGUUUUCCCUCUUUUUCGUUUCAAAUUGAACUCUGGUUUUUUCUGGUUUCCAUGUAGCUUUAUUUCUCAUAACUUCUUUUCAAACGUUACUUCUUAUUCUUCUAUCCUCGCCAAGUUUAAAAGAAAAAGAGAGUUGAUUGUUCGAUGUAACUUUGCUAAAAGGUGUUUUUAAAACCCUACUAAAGGUUUUUUGAGGUAAAAUCUACAACUCUUUAAGAAAUUUCAAGUUUCGCUAUAUUAAGGCAGUAUGUAGUACCGGAAGGCCUAUUUUGAGACGCUUUUUCUUCGAAACUUUACGAGCUAUACGUUCAAUAUCAACUUUUUUUAAUAGAAGUUUCUGAGUCUUUCAGCGAAAUUUCAUCAAAUUUUUAACCUUCCAUCUUUUACACUAGUCUCAUUAAGAGUUUUUCCAAGUCUUCUAAAGGAAGAUGUGGUUUUUUCUUCAGAAAAGACGGUGGAACAGUAAAAGUCUGCGUGAUCACCGAUUACCAGUUGCUUUCCCGUGGCCAUGAUCAUCUUUCGAGCCCCGGCCAGGAGUUGCUCACGCACAACGGCGACAAGGAAGUCCAUCGGGGCUACCGGCCGACUUUCAUCGUUGAAACCGAUUGGCCUGAGGCCGCGCAGUUCGUCGAAGCCGAGGCUCCCGCCGCGAAAAGAGCUCGUGGGCCUGACGGUGAAUAGAGAGUAUAUGCGCUGUACUUUGAAAAAUUUGGGGAUGUUUAGCGGCGAAAAAGUAUGUUAGUAGAGACUUGAAUUUCACAUAUAACCGCAAAAAACGACUUUCUAGGCUUCUAACUUUCAGGAUAUGACUUAACACACGUUCUCCCAGAGACGCGAUAAACCUUUGAUACCAAAAUUUCAGAUUGAGUUUUCUGAGCUCAUAUUGUGGUCACAAUAACUACACAAGGUCCUGAAAAUUUUACGUAGGUUUUUGAGAGGCUCCGCCCCUUUCUAGGGUUACGGUAGGGAAAUACCAAGAAAUUUAAAUUUUUUCUCCGACGUUUAAAUCGGAUGAAGCUUUUUUUUUAAACGAAAGCCAGUGGCAAAUUGAACACUUUUUGUGUACUAGACCGGGUUGUUCUAAUGUAAAUGUUGUACUAAAUGUACCGGGUAUGAACAAGCAACCGCCCCUGUUCCUCGGGUGGUUUCAAAAUUUCGAUACUCAGUUGAUAAAAAAAAAAGUGAGUUUUUCAGUUGCAGGAACGGCAGUUGGCGGCCGAGCCCCGCCGCCCCAGCCCUCGCGACAAACUUCUUCUGGGAAUCGUGGCGAGGCUGUGACGCCGAUAGCCAUGAUCACGCCCUACGUGAACAAGUUCCGAAUUUGCGGCGUCUGCACAACAAAAGAGGAGAUCCGCAACGUCAAGAGUCGCAACGGCGACAUGAGGGUGCUGAAAUUGUUAUGAUUUGUGAAAAAAAAAUUUUGAUUCAUUUUGAUCAAGAUCUCCUAUGCCGUGUUCAAAUGCAAAUUUAUCUCUGACUCUCCAGAAUUCAGUUAUCUUUCUCUUUGCCUGACGGCUAAUUUAGGUUUGGCGGAAUCGCUUUAAACACUGUAUCAAUUAUUCGCAUUUGUUAAAAAUUAGUGCUCUUUUUUUCAACUUUUGAACUCUAUCUGGUUCCUUACAGAUCUUCAACUUUGAGCUGACGGACAAAAACAGCGACACGAUCCGUCUGACGGCGUUCAAUGAGCUUGCUGAACAGAUGCAGAGCGUUAUCAUGGAGAAUAGUGUUCGUUUCAAUUAUUAUUUGUCAAAAAAAUUACUGAAUUAUGUAGAAAAUUUGAUAAAAAAACAAUUAUAAUUUUUGUAUUUUUUUUAUGAUGAGUUGUUUUUUUCAAGGUUGUUUUUUUCCUCUUUUUAGCUAUGAAAUUUUUCAUGAAGUUUUUAAGAUGCUUUUUUUGGUUAUUUUAUUAGUUCUGAAGAGACCAUAGUUUUUCUCUGUCAAAUUAUAUCUUUUUCAGUCCUACUACAUUGCCGGAGGCACUGUCCGGGCCGCAAAUAAGCGUUUCAACGCUUCUGGACACGAUUAUGAAAUCACUCUUCGCAAUGAUUCAGAGGUCCCCCAUUCCAUUGAAAAAAAUCGAAAAAAAUGUUUAAGGUAAAAUUAUGCACCGAGGAAAUCAAAAGGCCGACGACGACCUUCAAAAUCGUGACGCUUGAUAAAAUUGCCGGACAUUUGAACGAGAUUUUCGAUGUUUUGGCCGUGGUGGAACGGGUUGACCCUGUUUCGGAGGUUCGGAAUGAAUAUUUCAAAAAUUUGAAAAAUUGUGAAUUUUUUUUUUCUCGAAGUUUACAGAACAUUUUUUUGCAGAAAAAAAGAGUAAAAAAAGUACUGAAAAUAGGAAACUUGGAAUUUGUUUUUUUAGUGAAUAUGUUGAGUUUUUUUCGAGUUUCCGAGAGCUGGAAGUGAGCACUUGAGUGAUUUUUAGGAGCUAGAAAAUAAUUAUAUAGUUUUGAAAGUAUUUCAAAACAGUUGUUUCCGAAUAAAUUUCUUAUUUUUUUAUCGCUCUGAAGAAUUUUUUUGAAUCUACGUUUCUUCUCAAUUUUUUUAAUUUUUAAAAAUUACAAGCUUCAUCAUAGUUUUUAAGUUCACUUCGAAAGCCGGCAAGGAACUGGUGAAACGCGAAAUCAGCGUCGUCGACCGGUCGGCCACUGAAGUGACCAUAACUCUGUGGGGCGAACACGCCAAAACUUUCGAUGAAAAUGCUCUCGGCCAGGUCGUCGGCUUCAAGAGUCUUCAGGCCAAGGAGUGGCAAGGUCUGCGGAUUUUUCAAAUUUGAAGGAAGUUACUAGGGGGUUUUAAUUUUUCAGAGCUGAAUUUAGUUUGAAAAGAAGUCUUCGAAAAUCGGAUUUUUGAGCUAGUGUUAUUUUAUUCUUUCUUUAAGUCAUCUUAUCACUUUCUCUAACACGAUCCUUUUCUCGAUUUUUUUUAACCUUUCGAAUUUUUAAAUGAAUCGUGAAAUAUUCUGUAGGCCUAGGUUCUUUUUCCAGUUCUGCUCUUAUUAUUUUUCAAUUUAUUAGGACGAUCUUUUUAUUUUUUCUUCUUUAGGCGGUUAUUCCCUGGGAUCGCUGAACAUCACUCGAGUUGUCCUUUCACCGGAACUCGAGGAAACCGCCCAGCUUUACGAAUGGCACGCGGCGGUCCGACCCUCGUUGGAUGUCAAGAAGAUCAGUACCACGACUGAAGGCGGUGCUGGCUCGACUUCCUUUGGUUGGUUUUUGGAAUUAUUUUUACCCUUUUCUGUGAUGCCGUGCUCAAAUUUAUUCCGCGAAAUGAUCUCUGACUCUCCAAAAUCUAGUGAUCUUUUCCUUUCUCUAACGGGUAUUUUGCAUUUCGCGGAAUCGAGUUGAACACGACAUGUAUAAUGAAGUGGAAGGUUGUAUUGUUUGCAUUACUGUUUCAUAUAUUCUUGUAAAAAGUACUCGAUUAUUUUGUGUUCUAUUUUUAAUAAGGCUAGAGAAGUCGGCCGCUUUUUUAUGCCUUUUUUUCAAGUUUCCGAAUUUCGAAACGAUUUUUGGGAUUUUUUAAAGUUUUCACGCUUUCAAAGUACGUUUUUCAUCAUAGUAUUGCCAGUUUCAAAGUCAGUUUUCUAAAUGCUAGUCAAAUUUACAAAAAUUCACUUUUUUUUCUGAUUUUCUAUAUUUUCGCCAAGAAAUAAUCCCACAUUUUAAUGAACACAUUAUGGUUCCAGUGCUCUUUUUGCUAAUCUAUUCAGUUGAAUGUUGUAAUAAGCUGGAGUUAUGUAUGAACAUUUAAAAAAAUGGUUGAACUUGAAAAAGAGACUAUGUUUUUCGGUUAACCUGUUCUGUAAGAAUAAUUCAAAAUUUAACAAUUUUUUUCAGUCCGCGACCUCCGAUUCAUCACCACCAUCCAAGCACUCCGACUCGGAUCUGAACAGCAGCGUUACGUGAACUGCCGGGCCACGAUCACGAAAAUCAAGCCCGACCAAGCGCUUUACAAAGCUUGUCCCAAUGAUGGGUGCCAGAAAAAGGCAACGACUUUCAUUAUUUCCUUCCCAUUGAUAUUUUUCUUGUAGGUAGUUGACGUAGAUGGAGAGUACAGAUGCGAGAAAUGCGCGACGACCUCGAGGACUUUCAAGUGGAAUUAUAUGCUCCAGGUGGGGUAUUUAGUGAUAAUGAAAGAUGAUAAGUUGAAAAAUUUGAAAAAAAAAAAAGAGAAGUUAGGUUCAUUUUUUCAAAUUUUCUGUUCGAGGUUUAGAAAAUAGUUGGUUCUUCUUGAUGGAAACUGCAGAAAAGUUGUGAAAAAAUACUGCGAUGAGUUUUUUUUUCUAAAUAGGAGAUUACCGGGAGGAAAAUCAUCAAAAGUGUUUCAUUUAACGAUUUUUGAAAUAAAGAAGGAUCAGAAGAAAAGGCUCCAAGAUUUCCUAAUCAUGAAAAUUUUUCACGGAGUAAGGAUUUUCGACCACUUUUUUCCAAGAUGAAAACCUGGCAAAAGGGUGGGUUUUUGGCAACCAAGGCUUGAUUUAUCGAUUAUUCUGUAUAUUAUAAUUUUCCCUCACUUCGAUUUUCACGAUCGUUUUGCCGGUUCAAAAAGAAGUUGAAAAAUAAGCUCACAAUAUCCGUUCUUCAUUUUCAACUCGCAAUGUUUCAGUUUGAAAUGGCCGACUUGUCUGGCCAAGUCUACGCGACGGCCUUCUCGAACGUCGCCCAGAAACUCCUUCAUUAUGAUGCGCAGCAGCUGGGCGAGCUCAGGGAUUCCAGCUCCGAGGACUUCAACGCCGUCUUCCAGCGUGCCUACUUCAAAUACCACAACUUCCGGCUUCGCGCCAAGUACGAGACGUAUAAUGUGAGGGGUUUUUCAUUUUAUUCAAUUUAAAUAAAUAUAAACUCAAGUUUUUGUCAUGUUCUUAGAUUUUCCUUUUGAAAUGCUUUGUUUUUUCGGUCUACCCUCGCCACGACCUGAAAAAAAGAGAGCCCAGAGGAAUCAGACAGUUUUAAUUCUUAAAAUUGGCAGCCCCAAAUCUUCGGAAAAAGAUUGGCUUCUGAGAAUUUCAGUCCGUUUUAUUUCAGGAAGAAUCGCGGCUGAAACUGAUGGUGAUGAGCGUUGACGACACUCCCAUGGACGCCUACAUUAAUUCGCUUCAGGACCUCGCCGAGAAACUCAAAACCCUCGAUGUCUGA